AUGUUCCCUCUGAAGUACCUCAAGCAACGAACUCCUUAUGCUCUUACAGUAAUUAUUGAAGAACGAUUCUUCAAGGAACCAAUCACAUGCAGCCUGAAUAAUGCUGUGACUGCCAGUAACUUCACUAUGCUCAGAGUCAUUCGUGUAGUAGCCACACUAUCUUGUGUAUUAGUCUAUAUACCGAUUUUCGCUCGAAUGUAUAAGAAUAUCACUGCACACUACGAAAUGACAAACCAGAGUACAGGAAAUCAGAAGAAGUUACUGCGAAUGACGUUGACAAUUUCGCUCAUCACAUCAAAUACAAUUCUCUUCUUCACUAUUCCUGACAUUAUUAUGAUACUUCAUCCAGACUACGAUAGCAAUUUAUUCUUCAUAUUGAAUCUGAAUAAGGUAUUCAGCAGAAACAUUUCCUAUCGAACUGCAUUACUCAGAGGCACAUGCCGCGGUCAAAUGAAUACAGGCUGUUGCGUCCGAAAGCGAAUGAAAUUGUGGUGGGCAUCAUAA